GAGUCGCUAUUUGAACGGGCCGCGGGAGGGGCUGCCGUUCUGCUUCCGGCUGGAGUCGGGUGUGGGUCUCCGGCAGCCAUGGAGGACCAGCUCCUCGGGGACGACGCGCUGCUGUGGCAGCUCCGGGAAAGCCGCCGCCGCUUCCAGAGGCACAUGCAGCGACUGAUAGAAAAGUACAACCAGCCCUUCGAGGAUGCCCCGCUGGUGCAGAUGUCCACCCUGACCUAUGAGACACCCCAGGGAUUGAGAAUUUGGGGUGGAGGACUGGUAAAGGAGAGAAACAAAGGACACAUCCAGGACUCCCCGGUGGAGGCAGUCAGCAGGAGUGAUGGCAGCCCCGCGGAAGCCAGCACCAGAGGUCCAGCUCCCUCCGUGCCCAGCACACAGGUCCUGGCAGUGGAUUCAAAAAACGAUGAUGCAUCUUUAUAUCAGGAAGACAUGAUUGCUGGGUCCUUCAUGCCUGCAGUGCCUUGGAGCCCUUUGAAAAACAAGUUAAGGAGGAAAUACUUGACCCAGGUGGAUGUUCUGCUCCAGGAUGAAGGACGUUCAGAGUGUACUGACGAUGGAGUUGGAGAGGAUACCCCUCUAACACUGAGUCCCUCCUUGGCCUCACCUGCUGGGCCUGUCCAUGGAAGCCGUGGCCAUGUGUCCAGAAGGAGUCCUGGUGGCCCAGUUAAGCGGGCUUCGUGGACCGGGGAGUGUGAUCCAGCAGACCUGGCCCUCGUGCCUAGAAGCGACAGUCUCACGUUCCAGGGGGCUGAGGGGCACAGCCGCUCAAGCAGCCCGGCCUUGGAGGCUGACAUCAUCUGUGACGUGACCAUCAGCGACCUGUAUGCUGGCAUGCUGCACUCAAUGAGCCGGCUGCUGAGCGCAAAACCGGCAUGUAUCAUCUCUACCAAAACCUCGCUCAUCGCUCACAGCUGGAGCGCCUGGAGGAGGCACAAGUGUAAGAACAGAAUGAACCAGACACCGUGCCGGGGAGCCGGGCUCUCUCAAAGUGUUUCCUGGGAGACACUCCCAUCCUGUUCCAAGCCACUGAAGGACAGGAAAGUGUUAAGAGAUUGCGAGAACUUUCUAGAUGCUUCUGGCCAGAAGGCAGGAGUAGAAUUGGAAAAAGCUUUCCCUGAAGUCAACAAACCCCAGAUCCACAAAUUAGAUCCACGCUGGAAUAAGCUUAGGGGGUUGAAGAGUUUAAUGCCUCAGGGGUGUUCAUUGACUUACAGAGGAACCUGUACAAUGCAUCAUCUUGGUCAGGAAAGUAGACUUAAGGCACUAAAAUGGUUAAUUUCUCCUCUAAAAAUCGUUUCCAGACCAAGAGUACUGCGGGACAAGGGAAGAAAUCGUUACAGGGAAAUUGGAAUCAAAUUUGAUAAGCUUCAUCAGGAAUACUGCCCAAACCCUGGGAAACAGCCCUGCCUGACUUCCCUUCCGGGACCCUCAGCAGUGGCCGUGUACAGGGGUGGUCCAGUGAGCCCUUGCAGCCCCCGGGGCUUAGAAACCCGCAGGCUCAGCAGGUUCCAGGAGGCUUUUGAAGACCUGGAAGAACGAGAUAUUGGAACAGUGAGAUGGAACAGCAAACCCCUGCCAGUGAGGGGUUCGCCUCCCUUGCUUUCAGAAACCAGCUCUGUGCAGAGCCCAGGCCACUCGGAGCAGACCCUUGACCUUUUUCAAGGAAACCAUCUCGAAAUACUUAGAAAGUCUGUAUCUCCCAGCAAAGCCACAUCAGUAGCUGGCGGACAGCCUCCCAGCUGUGGAAGGAAUCGUUACAAUGAAAUAAAGGAGAAAUUUGACAAGCUUCAUCAAAAGUAUUGCCAACAGUCAUCGCAGCAGACACAGGCACCUUUACGUAUUGGAACAUCUCCAGGUGGAGCAAGCCUGGAAGUUCAGUACCCCAGAGGAGGCGCCUUGGAAAAAGCAAACCCAGACUCUGGCUUCCAGGGUCCCCCAAAGCGGUCAGCAUCACCCCAGUGGAGCAUGGAAAGUCCACUGGGCUCAACCGCACUUGAGGCUCAGCCGUCAAUGAGCUUCGUGCUCACUGCCACAAGGGGCCACCAGUCCUCUCUGAAGAGACGCCGACUCUCAGAUUCCUUGCUGUAUGGACAGUGGGCCAGUUCCCAGGAUCCAUCGCGUGUGGUGGGCCACGCCAUCCCAGGGCCAGGGGAGAGGCCGGCUCCCGACAGCCACCCUGGCAAAAGAAGGAAAGAACACACCUUUCAAGAUGGAAGAGAAAAGUGACUUUGUACUCAGAAAAAUUGAAAGCUGAAGAUGUGUAGCCAAGUUAUUUUUCAAGAGUUUGUCCCUCUUCCCCUGUACUCUGUGUGUGUUUAAUCCUCAAGAAUAUGUGAGAGCUGGCUUCACUUAUCUGCCCUUCAAAGCAAAUUUCAGUGAAACUUGUCCCAUUGAAAUGACUCUGAGUUCUUGGUGUAGAAAUUA